ACAGGGCUUCAGUGGAAGCUGUUUAUGUGAUAUCAGCACUAAUUAGCUCAUGAACUAACAAGUCGUUUGCACAACUUUUCAGCCGUGUGAUAAAGUGACCGCAUAGAUGGAUUGUCUCUGGACUAUGUGGACACAUCGCUACUAAAGUGUUCUCGGACCAACUUUUAAUGUACUCUCUCUCCAAUCUCAGCAGUAAUACUUUUUUCUGGGGAGGGGGGAGUGUUGCACAGCCGCCCUUUUUUCUCUCUCUCUCUCCCGCACUGAGGAUAUACUGACUGGUAAACCAUGUUCCAGCCAACACCUAAACGGUGUUUCACCAUUGAAUCUCUGGUAGCUAAGGAUAGCCCACUGCCUGCUUCGAGAUCAGAGGAACCUAUAAGGCCGGCCGCCCUCAGCUAUGCAAACUCUAGUUCAGUGAAUCCAUUCCUGAACGGCUUUCAUACCGGCGGCAGGGCUAUCUACUCCAACCCGGACCUGGUGUUCGCUGACGCGGUUUCGCACCAAACCAACACUGCCGUGCCGGUUCACCCAGUCCCUCCACACGCUUUAGCUGGUCACCCUCUGCAGUCUUCCCAUUCUCCGCAUCCCUUAUUUACAUCGCAACAAAGAGACGCUUCGAGUUUCUAUCCAUGGCUAAUACACAGGUACAGAUAUCUGGGACACAGGUUUCAAGGCAACGAGGCGAGCCCCGAAAGCUUUCUAUUGCACAAUGCACUGGCCCGAAAGCCCAAACGCAUCCGAACGGCAUUCUCCCCGUCUCAGCUCCUGAGACUGGAGCACGCUUUCGAGAAAAAUCACUAUGUGGUGGGAGCCGAAAGGAAGCAACUGGCCCACAGUCUCAGUUUAACAGAAACUCAGGUAAAAGUUUGGUUUCAGAACAGAAGGACGAAAUUUAAACGGCAGAAAUUGGAAGAGGAAGGAACAGACGCCCAGCAGAAGAAAAAAGGGACCCAUCAUGUCAAUAGAUGGAGGCUUGCGACCAAACAGGCAAGUCCUGAGGAGAUCGAUGUCACCUCGGACGAUUAGGACUGAAAAAAAAAGAAAAUCGUGUCAAACUCUAGUGUUAACUUUCAAGCAGCAGAGUCGCUGAUGUAGAAAAAAAAGGGGGAAAAUACACACUUCAACCAAAUGCAAUUCCUGUGACGAGGCAGCUGGGGUAAGAAGAGGUCCAAGAGGUGGCACUGCACGUACCGUAAACUGUCCAGAGGCAGCGAUCAAUCAACUCCGGGGGGCAAGAUGAUUGACAAGCGGACUUGUUCAUAUUGUAUGCAGUUCGCCUUGACGCGUACCUUCUAAUCCAAUUCCGGACUUUUUGCACUUCCGAAUUCAAAUAUUAAAAAAAAACUGAAUGGGAAAACCAAAAUCCACAUCUGUUUCAGAAACUUGAAUUGCAUGUGAGCCGUUCAUGAAAAGAUGGAUUAUUAUUAAAAACUAAAGGCGGGACUUAUUUUUUAAUCUUUUUCUUAUUUGCUUUGAGAGAAGUUCUGUCAGAUGUGUGCUUCUUUUUACAGACAAAAAAAUUGCUGUUUAAAAAAAACUCCUGUUAAAUAAUAAUACCGUCGACGUGAUUGUGAUACAGCUAUAUGAAGUAGAAGUGCUGCGUUUUUAGUGUUCUACAAAACCAAUAAAAAAAAGUUAGACUUUUUUUUUAAAAAAAUAACGUUUUGACCACAAUUUCGGUCCUUUAUUUAAAAUAAGAAAACUUUUUUGGGGGAAUAACACAGUAAAGAGUAUUCCGGAUAUUCCUUCUGCAUCGACCUGAAGCGAAAACAAAAUUUCCGUGAGGUGGCAUUUGUUUGGUACGACUUGAUCGUGAGUCGCCACCAGAAAAGACUAUCAGCAAAUGAAAAGAAGCAGUGGCCACCUCUGUUUCAACGACGCACUGAGCUUCUUAAAUACGUGUUUAUAGCGACACUAAAGUUAAAGAUGUUUCUGUAAUGUCUUCUAUCGAAUGUAGAUACUUGUCUUUGUUGAGUUUGUUGCAAUUCUAACACAUGAUACUUCCAAGAAGUAUGCCAUUGUCAUUUUUGUCAAUAAAGAUUUAUCCAUUUGCUGCUCAGAGUGAUUAAGGCAGUGAGGCAUGUAUGGAUCUUUUUUAAAAUUUGAAAAAAAACUCAAAAUGACCCACCUUUAUCCCAUAAUAUCAACCUGAUCUCUUUUUUUAUCUUCGGUUUAACCCGAUUGACAUUAUUGAACCUGUUAACCCUUUGAAGGCUGGAUUCUAUGGCAACGUUGCAGGAGAUCGCAAACAUUUCCCUUCAUCGCUUAACAUCCGCCAAUGUGUAACUGCUAGCAUGUAAUAUAUUGUAAAAUAUUAUAUUAAGAAGUCGGAAGAGGGAGACCA